GUUGAUGUAGUUUGCAGACGGGUUUUAUCGGCAGUCAAAUCAGGUUGAGCACACCUCGGUCGCCCCCUGCUGGUUAUGUUUGGAACCGCGGUCACUGUGAGGCGCCAUAUUAGACGGACAUAACAUCGAUGUCAAGGAAGUUGAGCGCUGUUCCAGAUGGACAGGCUUCUCCGGCUGUAGCAGUCGAUUCAAACACAGUUCGGGCGACUCCCAUAUGGUUCACAAGUAACCGAGAACAGCACCCAGGGCACAGCAGGGCCGUGGCUGUCUCCAUCGUCCAGCAGGCUCCUCCACAGACAUGACUUCCUUGACACAGAGAAGUUCGGGCCUUGUGCAGAGGCGGACCGAGGCGUCGCGCAACGCCGCCGACAAAGACCGCUCGCUCGGCCAGGAGGACCCCGAGCUCCGGCGGGCGGACGAGCAGGAGGACGACGACACCGGCGACUCCAAGGAGACCCGCCUCACCUUAAUGGAGGAGGUGCUGUUGCUGGGGCUGAAGGACCGAGAGGGCUACACCUCCUUCUGGAAUGACUGCAUCUCCUCGGGGCUGCGGGGAUGCAUGCUGAUCGAACUAGCCCUGAGAGGACGCCUGCAGCUGGAAGCCUGUGGCAUGAGGAGGAAAGGCCUGCUGGCCAGGAAGGUGAUCUGUAAGUCGGACGCUCCGACGGGGGACGUGCUGCUGGACGAAGCUCUGAAGCACAUCAAAGACACCCAGCCCCCGGAGACGGUGCAGAGCUGGAUAGAGCUGCUGAGCGGAGAGACCUGGAACCCACUGAAGCUGCACUACCAACUGAGGAACGUGCGCGAGCGGCUGGCCAAGAACCUGGUGGAGAAGGGGGUGCUCACCACCGAGAAGCAGAACUUCCUGCUGUUCGACAUGACCACGCACCCGCUGACCAACAACAACAUCAAGCAGCGGCUCAUCAAGAAGGUCCAGGAGGCCGUGCUGGACAAGUGGGUCAACGACCCCCAGCGGAUGGACAAGCGCGUGCUGGCGCUCAUCUUCCUGGCCCACUCCUCGGACGUGCUGGAGAACGCCUUCGCCCCCCUGCUGGACGACCAGUACGACCUGGCCAUGAAGAGAGUCCGGCAGCUGCUGGAGCUGGAGCCGGAGGGGGAGAGCCUGAAGGCCAACACCAACGAGCUGCUGUGGGCCGUGGUGGCAGCCUUCACUAAGUGAAGCCCCCCCCUGGCUCAGGGGGGGGCAGCUCUGGGGGGGGGGGGGACAAUCUGAGGA